AUAAUAUAAUAUUCCGGGCCAAAUUGAAAUAAGGAAGAAAUUCACUCAAUGGACACCACAAAGAAGUGUGAAUGUUUUUCUUCUUGAUUUAGUUGAUAAAUCCUGAUUUUUGUUUCAAUCUUUCUAUAUGAGAAGUGAUGUGUUUGUAUACAUUGAAAUGUAUAGGUAUUAUGUUCAAUAUUGAUUUAUUUCCAUGAAAUGAGCAUUACUCUCGAAAAACGAUCACAUAUAGUAAUACGAAAUUAAUAGUCAUAUUACAUUCAUAUAUUAUUAUGAUACUCAAAAAAUAUAAAUCAUAUUCUGUAACGAUAAGUUCAAUUCCAUGUUUGGGGAUAAAGAAUAAAUUCCCAAAAAAACACCACUACGCUCAAAAUGAUACCAAUCAUCCAAAAAGAGAAUGGUGCUUCAACUUGCUGCAGAGCUAGUCUUCUAAGACCUAUUUCUUCAACCUCAAAGUCUUGAACCUUCUGCAUCAAUUUGGAUGCAAAACCAAAUGAUCUCAACUCCAAAAUUCUCAUUCCGAAGGAUCUGGUGAAGGGUGAAUUCUUACGGAAUAAAUAGACAGCAUAGCUGAAACUUAGAGCUUCCGGUAAUAUAAAAUAUGAUAAACUUUCAUUAUUAGGGAACAAAUCUGGAUUCACAUGUCCUCUGACUACACCGAAUGCUACCACAAAUGCCGCAUUGGGUUUUUGAUACCAAAGAACAUCUCUUAAUUGGGUAUGGUUGACUUCUAUCAGCUGGCCUCUGAAGAGAGAUGGGUUACCUGUCAAAUUCGACAGGUUGAAGGAAGUGUAAACUGGUAUUCUCGAUCGUUUCAAAUCUUCUAGAUUCCUUAUUCUGCGGUCAUAUUCAACGAAUUGCAUCAAAUUGAUCAAACGACUUUGGAAUAACACGUUCAAUAUCAAAGAUGACCAAAUCCAAAACGUCACAGUAAACUUCAGUAUAUCUAAGUACUUGUGAUAGCGUUGAACUGCAACACCUAGGAAAAUACCCCAAACGUCUAAAAAAAUACUUGAAACAUUCCAGGGCAACUUGGUCUUUGAAUAAACUAUUAACUUCAUGGACACCACAAGUAUGCACAUACUGAUUAGAACGGCAAGCCAGACUCUUCUGAGGAGUAUGUUGAUUAGAGAAUGGCUCUGGCUGAUCUUAUGAGGUUUAGGUAAAAGAACCUGAAGAUUAGCAAUAUCGUUGAAUUCAGAGAACUCAAUACCUUCAAAGAAAGUUGUUUGGUAAUGUCUAACAAAGCAGAAAUCAGUUUUAUUAUGUAGUAUAUCUUGAACCGCACCUUUGUAUCUUGUUGUUUUUGGUGGUUCUACAACUUGGUACGUAGCGUUCACUUGCCUCAUCAAAAUAUUCAGGAGUGUUAAAUCUCUGCCAAUCCACUUAUUACGUGACCACCACUUCUUAUUUUUCUUGAGUAGAGGCCACUCCUCAAAUAGACUGACCCUUAGUUUAUAUCCAUACAAAUUUCUGAGUUGGUUACUAAAAAUCGUGGAUUUAUUCGGAGAUACCUCAUAAACCUCUUGAAGGAAUGGGUUGUACCUUUUCACAUGGAGCUCAUCACUGAAGUAGAUUAUGAUGACGCGAUGGAGACCGUAACCCCACAAACGUCGUAGAAGAACUGGAACUUCCAGUUCUUCUUCUUCCUUGAUCGGGCCGCAGAUUACCAAAACAACUGGAGUGUAGACUUUGAAAGCUGCCGAAGUGAGAAGUUCCAGUAGAAUUUCAUCGAAUCUCUUCAUAUUUCUGAGGAAGAUGUAUGUCAAACAAGGAUUCAUAUUUUUCAGGAUAAGUUCGGAAAAACCUUGCUGGAACACAAUUAAAGGUACAUCGAUCUGUUCAGAAAAACGUCGAACCAUAGCUUUGGCUUCUAGCAUGUGACCUGUGAUCAGGAAAGUUGUGGAUUCUCCAAAAAUCGUAGAAUGUUUCAGAUCAAUUUGGAUAAUAUAUUUCAUUAUCGCUUCAUUAACAAAGGAAAACUCUGGUAUUCUGAAUAGAUUAUUUCUACUCAGAACUGAGACGAAGAGAAAUGAAAAAGCGACAGAUAAGACUUUUAUUAUUAGAGCCAUUUCGGUGGUGUUUUUCUAUAACUUGCAUUAGAAAACGCCUGAUUUCUAGUUGCAUUUUCGUUCAAUGACAACAUGUGAAUAUCAAAUCGAAAGAUUUAUACCCCAUGUUUAGCGAUAAUGCAACAGAUAUUAGAGAGUAUUUAAGGGACGAUCGCUCUUUUUUAUUUUUGGAAUCGAUAACAGAUUAAGGGGUAAUAUGUCCCGCAAUAUCGAUUACUGUCAAUUUUUUCAUAACUGAAAUGGUGACGAAACAUCAUUUAGUUAUUAUUAUUUGGUUUUUAAUGAUAUUUUCCAGUUUAUCAAUUCGUUGAAUUUAUCUAAAAAUUUGAAAUGGGAGUUAUAUCAUAUUAUGAUGAAUAUCAGACAUUUGUAUCAUUUGAACAUUUUGGUGCAUCUUCAUUAAACACAAUUCAAUUCAGUAGAAGAAUUAUAAUUUUUGUUAAUCUAUAAAACUAAAACAUCUUUUUGAAACUACAAAACAUACACGUAUUAUUUUUGUCAAAAGUUUAAUUUCAUAUUAGAAUUUUGAGUAAAUAAUUUCAUUUAUUGGUAAUAAUGAUAUGACGUCUUUUCUAUAAAAGCAUCUACAAAAUAAAUUUACUAUAUGAAAAGAUAAGUGAUAGUCCGCUUUAUAUCUAAUCUCUGAUUCAUGGAUACUAAACAGCAUUAAUAUGAUUUCAAGCUCAACUUAAACGAAAGAAGAAAAAAAAACUUGCAGAAAAGAAUUAUUUUUGAUCAGGUAAUCAAUAAUACCCCAAAAAAAGAAACACUUUAUCCUCCUGAAAUUUAAUGAGUACAUUCAAGUGAUCAUUUCACAUAAUAUACAAACUCUAGUGCAAUAUAAUCUAAUCUGUUGUUAUGAUAAUAUUGGGUAUUAUUGUUCAAUAUUCGCCCCAAACCAAAGCAAACAACAUGAUAUGUUUGGAUACCGAGCGUCAAAGCUGUUUCAGGAAUUAUCGAAUCAAUUUGAUAAAUUCUUAUUAGUUUUUUCCAAAUAAGCCAAAAAUUUUUGGGCUGUCCUCGUAACGAAAUAGAAAAUAAACUUGUUUUGGUUCGAACACUGACAUGUAAAGUUUUCAACCUCAAACGUUUAUUUUCCAUACCAUCGCCAUAUUAAUCUUGUAUCGAUAUUAUAACUUGUCAUAUUAGGAACCUGAAAACGUUUUAUAAUGAUUGAUCCAUAAACACAUAGAAAGGAAUUCCUUUUAGUUCUUCUUUGCGCUUUGUUGGUAGAAUAAUGGAAAUCAGAUACUGUUUCCUAUUUUAUAUCACAAGUUCGAUAAUAUUUUCAGUACUAACCGCCGACAUAGUCGAAGAAAAAGUACCAGAAGAUCAUGAACUGAUGCAGAAUAUUGUUCAGUUCAUUGUUGAUCACAAAAUGAUAAACCUAUUCCAUAGAUUUGGCUCAAGAGUGGUAGUUUUAGAUGGAAAGAUGAAAGCAACAAUGAUGUUUGAGAUUCUCAUCAAACAUUUACCAGUACCAACAGUCAUAUUGAAAAAAAAUGAUGAAAUUAUCAACUUGAAUAGGAUGAUUGCUCCAUCCAUUGCAUUCAUACUUCUUGAAGAAGAGAAAAAAGUUAAACAUGCUAUUGAACAUUUACAGAACUCUAAAAUGCACCAAACCAACACUCCUACUGUACUGGUCAAGCUAUCUAAGGUUGGAGUUUAUGAGCAAUUCGAUGUUCUUUCCAUCAUGAGAACUGCAUGGAGUUUGGGCCUUGUUCGAUUUUUAUUCAUAUACUACGAAACAUCGAUAAUAGCAUUAUCCUAUAACCCUUUUAAGGGCUCAUUGGUUGAUGUGUCCAAUAAGACUGGCAAUGAUAUGUUUCCUAGACAUUUGAAUAACUUACACAAAUAUUUGUGGAAAGUAAGUCUCUAUGAGGAAUGGCCUUUGUUGUGGAAAAAACCUGGAUCACAAACUUGGAUUGGAAGGGAUUUUACAGCACUAAAAAACGUGGCAAGAAUUAUGAAUGCCUCCUUUGCUGUUGUGGAACCACGCCGAAAAACAGGAUAUCAGGGUGCAGUGAGAGACCUACAGGAGAAGAAGGUAGAUUUCUGCUUUGUCAGAAGGUUCAAAGAAGAAAAAAUUAAAGGUUUUCGUUUCGUCGAUACCGGUUCUUUAUCUAGCCUGAAUGUUAUUGUUGGUAAACCAGCUCUUGAAGAAUUACCUACUUCCGUUAUAUCAGUUUUCUCUAAGGAAGUUUGGCUGUACCUUGCUAUAUCCAUGGUUGCUGUCAUAACAAUUAUGAGGUUGUUAGCAAAAAAUGAAAAACAUUACUGCGUCUUGAAUACCAUUCUCGAUAUUUGGAGGGUUUUACUCAACCAAUCGCUUCCGAAAAGUGUGUGGCCGAAAUAUACUACCAAGAUAGUUUUGACUGCUUGGAUUUGGUCCAGUCUGAUCCUAACUUCAUCCUUUCAAUCUCGUUUUAUACAUCUCAUGAAAUAUCCACAUAUGAAAAUUGGAUUUCAGUCGUUGAAAGAGCUUGAAAAGUCUAAUAUUCCGAUCUACUCAUCUUUCAAUUAUGUGAAAAUGCAAGGAGAUAGAGGUUAUUUGCAACACCAAAUGAAUUUGGUCGAAUACGAAGAUAUUAUAAGAAGACUCGACAACCCACACUCAAACUCUGCUGUUGUGUUGCCGUUUGUUAUAGUGAGAGGAAAGACAACUGCGGAGUUUCUUAGAUAUUUAGAUUCUCGCAACAAAGAGAUUUUGAAAGAAAGUUUGGUUAGAGGUUACGCUGUUUAUACCUUUCCAUCUUUUUCGCCAUUCUACAGCGCUAUUUAUUUGGCAAUUUUGAAACAAGCAGAAUACGGAUUAGCGUAUAAAGUUCCAAAAUCUUUGAAACAUGGGCAGACACAUAAGAAAGCCAUUAAAACUAGUUUUAGUCUCAAUAUGAAGCAUGUUUUAACAACCUUCUAUGUCUUAGGCGUUGGUCUCAUUGUGAGUCUGCUACUCUUUAUUUUAGAGAUUAUCAUUGGAUCGAAUGGUAUUAAAAGUUGAAAUAACAAUAUAAAAAUUUAUUUAAAAAAUAUAUUAUAAAAUAUGAAUUUCAUAUACUGGAAUACUUGUUAUUUUCCUACAAGGAAAUAAAUUAAGGGAAAUACAAUACAUGAUAUUAGAUUAAGUGAGUUAUACAGUAUAAACUAGG